UGGACACCUCAGGCUAGCCCAGGACCCAAAGGAACGUGAGAUCGAUCGCCUGAGGCCCCCAAGGCCUCGCUUUCCCAUUCCUGCUCUUCCCUCUCUCCCUCCUCUUUUCUCUUACCCUAUAACCAACGCUCUCUCCCUCUUUUCUCUCUUCUUCCCUUUUCCCUCACUUUCUCUCCCACUGCUCCUUCCCUUGCCACUCAUUUCCUCCCUUCUUGGCUUCAUUUCAAUGUAUUCUCGCUUCCUCUGACCUUCUCAUCUCAGCUCGAGCCUUCUAUUGGCCAGAAUCUCCUUGAUCUCUUCCCUCAGGCAAGCGCCUACGCUCUUCUUCAGACUAGGCCGGUCAACCUCCACGCCCUCUACCCUGCACCGGGUCUCCCUACACACCCAGUACUCGAUUCGGCGCAUUCCGUAUUGCCGUUCAACCAUCAUGAGCUCGUCAGACGAUGAUACCCCGCUUGUUCAGGCCAACGGCCGGUCUUCUGGUAUCUCCAGAGACGUUGCGAUGAAGGACGCAGGGCGUACGAAUGGCAACAUCCACCAGGGCGAUGUGGCGAUGGAAGAUGUGGAUGCAAACGCCAGCAAGAGGAAAUCGCGAACCAGCGUCGGCCAGAGGAAGUCCUAUGCGGAACCCGAAAGCAGUGAGGAUGACCAGCCCUUGAGCAAGCGCCGUCGCACUUCUGUCAAAAAAGAGGAGUCUUCUGAUGACGACGUCCCCUUGGCUAAUGGAAAGAGGACCCCCAAGGCCGCCCAGGCCGCCACCGGCGCAGAAUCCGAUUCCGACGUCCCCAUCGGCAAGAAACUCGCCUCGGAGAAGAAGGCGACCCAGCAACGGGCGACGAAGGAUACCAAGGCCCCCGCCAAGGCAACCAAGCCCGCGCCCGCCAAUAACAGGCGGCAGUCGAACGGCGUCAAGAAGGAACCCGUCGAUGACGCGAAGCCGACGGCGAGACGGACUACGACCACGAAGAUCAAGACGGAGCCGGAGUCGUCGAGAUCCACCCCGGCAAAGAGAGGAAGCGCCAAGUCGGCGGCCCUGAAGAAGGAGGAAAGCGAAGAAGCCGACGACGGCGAGGAAGAGGAAUACAGAUGGUGGGAGGACCCAACGAAGGGCGAUGGCACCAUCAAGUGGACCACCCUCGAGCACAACGGCGUGGUUUUCCCUCCUCCGUAUGAGCCCUUGCCACAGGAUGUCAAGAUGAAGUAUGACGGUAUCCCGGUCACUCUGCAUCCCGAUGCCGAAGAGGUCGCAGGGUUCUUUGGGGGCAUGCUCAACUCGACCCAUAACGUUGAGAAUCCGGUGUUCCAGAAGAACUUUUUCGCGGACUUCAAGGACAUUCUGAAGAAGACGGGCGGCGCCAAAGACUCCAAGGGGAACAAAGUCGACAUCAAGGAGUUCUCCAAGUGCGAUUUCCAGCCGAUCUUCGCAUACCACGAGAUGAAACGCCAGGAGAAGCGGAACCUUCCUGCGGCCGAGAAGAAACGUCUCAAGGCCGAGAAAGACGAAGAAGAAGCGCCGUAUAUGUUUUGCAUGUGGGACGGCCGCAAACAGAGGGUCGGCAACUUCCGUGUCGAACCGCCGUCGCUCUUCCGUGGCCGCGGGGAACACCCCAAGACUGGACGCGUCAAGACACGCGUCCAGCCGGAACAGAUCACCAUCAACAUCGGCAAGGACGCGCGUGUCCCGCCCCCACCCGAGGGUCAUCGGUGGAAAGAAGUCAAGCAUGACCAGGAAGGGACAUGGCUGGCAAUGUGGCAAGAAAAUAUCAAUGGGAACUACAAAUAUGUUAUGCUUGCCGCGAACUCGGACGUGAAGGGCCAGAGCGACUACAAGAAAUUCGAAAAGGCCCGGGAAUUGAAGUACCACAUCGAAAAGAUUCGCAAGGAUUACCGGAAGAACCUGAAGCAUGAGCUGAUGGUUGAGAGGCAGAAGGCCACCGCUGUCUAUCUUAUUGACCAGUUUGCUCUUCGUGCUGGUAAUGAGAAGGGCGAGGAUGAGGCGGAGACGGUCGGAUGCUGUUCGCUGAAAUACGAAAACGUCACCUUGAAGCCGCCAAACAAGGUCGUCUUCGACUUUUUGGGUAAGGACAGUAUCCGCUUCUAUGACGAAGUCGAGGUCGAUCCGCAGGUCUUCAAGAAUCUGAAAAUCUUCAAGAAGCCUCCUAAGAAGGACGGUGAUGAGAUCUUUGAUCGGCUCACUACUUCCGCCCUCAAUAAGCAUCUUUCGGUUUACAUGCCAGGGUUGACGGCCAAGGUGUUCCGUACUUACAACGCUUCCCACACCAUGGGUGAGCUGCUCAAAGACAUGAAGGCCACGGGUAACAACGCCGAGAAGGUAAAGGCCUACAACGAUGCCAACCGUAAGGUGGCCAUUCUCUGUAAUCACAAGCGAACUGUCGCCGCAAGCCACGCCAACUCCAUGGAGAAGAUGACCGAACGGAUCAAGGGGCUUCGCUAUCAGAAGUGGCGUCUGAAGCAGCAGUUGCUGGACUUGGAGCCUACCCUCAAGAAGAAGAGGGGCGCCAAGUAUUUCGAACUGGACGAGGACAUCGACCUCGACUGGAUCAAAGAGCAUCAAGCUUUCUUGAUUGAAGAGCAGAAGCAGAAGAUUCAGAAGAAAUUCGAGAAAGACAACGAAAAACUCGUCGCCGAAGGUGAAAAGGAAAUGAAAGCCACUGAACUCAAAACCCGGCUUGAAGUCGUCAAAGACCUCGAGAAGAAGUACAACAAAGAAAACAAGACGGGCAAGGUGGAGGCUGAAGGCAAGGGUCCCACCGUGGACAAGAUCGAUACAAAUAUCGGAAAGCUUGAGCAACGGAUCGAGAACAUGGAGCUCCAAGCCCAAGACAAAGAAGAUAACAAGGAGGUGGCUCUGGGAACCUCUAAGAUUAACUACAUCGAUCCUCGUCUCACUGUCGUGUUUAGCAAGAAGUUCGAUGUGCCCAUGGAGAAGUUCUUCUCCAAGUCCUUGCGGGAGAAAUUCGAAUGGGCCAUCAAGUCUGUUGACAAAGACUGGGAGUUUUAAACCGAGACUCAACCUUUGAGCCUUUAUCAGGGAUCUGAUUGCAGACUGAUUGACUAUGUAAUUUUUGCUUACCUUUUUUUGCCCCUCCCGUUUUGUGCCGCCGUUUUUACGAUCGGUCGUCGAUGAAUUGUGAUAUAUUGCAUUUUCUUGUCUUUCCCCAGCACAGCUUUUUUUGCUUAUAGUUGCUGUAACACCAGUUGUUUCUACCUCAACAACAUCCACCAAUUUCUCCCCCCAAACACACAGCCUCCAUUCAAAGCUAUCGAUUCAUGGACUGCAAAAUAUCGUCGAGAUUCGCUCUUUUUGCUAUUCUCUUGUCCUGUUUUUGCAAUACUUGUCACGCUGCUCACUACACUACGUUGAUAAAGACUACAUGAGCAAUGCUGCCCAGCCAAGGAAAAAAAAUCAUAUCUCAACACAUACAGACAUCUAUCUACACAACAUGCCUCUUUCACCCGCAUUAAAGAAACCACAUAUCACCAGCAGAAUAACAGCGAAGUGUGACCCGCAAGGAAAAAUCUGGAUACAAUAACAAGUCCAUCCAUUACUGGGCAUGCAGCCAUUUUCAAGACCCAUA